AUGACCGAACUUACGAAGUUAAAAAAUCAGCGUAAAAUAAUAAAGGCUGCCAUAACGCGUAUACAAAAUAAUGUAAAAGACGACGAUAGUGUACCGGAAUUAGAUACAAGGUUGUUAGAUUUGACAGAAAGGUUAAAGGAGUACAAUAAUAUUCAAAAUCAAAUAGAGUCACUUCAGAUAGUAGACGCGGAACAUAAUGAAUCGUAUUGGGAAUCAGAAAAUGAUAAGGAACGUACCUCGGUUGAAAACCAAUACUAUAAAACUUUAGGUAAAAUAAAAGGCAUCAUUAUUAAGAACAGUCCGGCGACGUCGAACCCGUCGCUAACCCCUAACUCUACAACUAUUAACAUACAUAAUGAUUGUAAUAAACUCGAAGCCAAUGAACAUAGCGUAAAUUUGAAACCUUUACCACUGCCUACCUUUGAUGGCAAACAUAGCGAAUGGUUCUCGUUUUUUGAUCUAUUUAAAUCAUUAGUACACAAUGACGGGAACAUAUCAAAUAUCCGCAAAUUCCACUACUUGCGUAGUUGUUUAAAAGAUGAGGCGUUGCGGUCCAUCGAAUCAUUGGCGGUCCGCAACGAAAACUACAGCAAGGCAAUUGAAACUCUUCAAAAAAGGUUUGAAAAUAGAAGAUUAAUUGUUCAGGAACAUAUCAUAAACAUUUUAAACAUACCCAGCUUGUUAAAAUCAUCGCACAAGGAAUUACGGGAAAUUAUGGACACAGUUUCCAAUAAUGUCGCGGCCUUAAAGGUGUUAAAUUUACCGGUCGAUCAGUGGGACGCAAUUUUAGUCGAAAUUGUUUUUGAAAAAUUAGAUUAUGCCUCUAAAAAGGAAUGGCAGUCAACACUAGACAAGGCAGUACCCACUUUCCUGCAAUUUUCCGAAUUUCUAGAAAAAAGGUGUGAAAUAUUGGAAGCGAUGGAUAAGUUAAAAACCAAUAAUUUACCAUCCAAUAAGCCCAAAUCAAUAAUUUCUAGUCCUAAACAAUUAAAUAUAAGACCGCAAAACAUUAUUCAAAAAAGGUUCAAUAAUUCUAACGUAGUGUCCAAAUUUAAUUGCCUUUUGUGCAAAAAUUCACACGCUCUUUAUCAAUGCAAUGAAUUUCUAAGCAAAUCCGUUAUAGACAGAAACAUUGUAUCUCAAAAUUUAAAACUUUGUGCAAACUGCCUAAGAAAUAAUCACAAAAUUGAAGAUUGUAAAUCAACAUUUUCAUGUAAGGAAUGUAAUCAAAGACAGCACACAUUGCUACAUAACAAUGAAUUUGUACCAUCCGCUAACACUUUGCAAAGGCAAGCCUGUAGCCAGGUUCUUUUAUCAACCGCAACAGUUUUUAUUUUAGAUAAAAAAGGAGUUUUUCAAACAUGUAGAGUGCUUUUGGACGGCGGCUCCCAAGCACAUGUAAUCACUAAGGGUUUAUGUGAUAAAUUAGGUCUCAUACCAACAACUGGAACCGAAUUUAUUUCUGGUAUCAGUACACGUAAUAAUCGAACACAGGGAAAUGUGAACGUAACUAUAAAAUCGCGCAUCCGCGAAUUUGCAGUAAAUUUCGAUUGUGUUAUUCUCUCCAAAAUUACUCUGCCAAUUCCUAGCGUAACAUUUCCAAAAGAAAUAAUUAAUUUGCCACCAAAUGUAAUAUUAGCAGAUCCUAAUUAUAAUAUUUCCCAAAAUGUCGAUUUGUUAGUUGGAGCGCAAUUAUUUUGGAAAUUAUUAUUAGACGGACCUAUUUUAUUAGGUAAAAACCUACCAUAUUUACAAAAUACAAAACUAGGUCACAUUUUGUCAGGUGAAUUAAUCACAACCAUUCCAAAUUCAAGCGUAUCGUGUAACUUGUUAAAUUCUAAAUCCAUUUUUAAUUAUGUAUUCCCUCAUGACGAAUUUAAGGCCGAACACUUAGAAUGUGAAAAACAUUUCGUAGAAAAUACAACUAGGAUGUCUUCAGGCCAAUUCGUGGUAAAAUUACCUGUUAAAGGCCUUCGCUUGGGUGAGUCCCGUCCAAGGGCUGUAAAACAAUUUUUAAAUUUAGAAAAUAGACUGAGCAAGGACCAUAAACUAAAAUCCGCUUACAAAGAGUUUAUGGUAGAAUACCGCGUUUUAAACCACAUGGAGCUCGUUCCUUUUAAUACUUUGGAAUCCCCAAAUAGUUAUUACCUGCCCCAUCAUGCUGUAUUUAAACAAACACCGGAAGGGCCCAAACUUCGGGUUGUAUUCAAUGCUUCCUCAAAUUCUUCAAACGGUUUAAGCCUCAAUAAUAUUUUAAUGACAGGCCCGACCAUACAACAAGACCUCUUUUCUAUCCUAUGCCGAUUUAGAACAUUCCGAUAUGCUUUAUCUGCGGACAUAACUAAAAUGUACCGCAUGAUAUUAGUAGAUCCGGCCGAUACGGAUUAUCAAAAAAUUUUGUGGCGUGAUCAUCCAGACCAACCAAUCAAAACUUACAGGUUAAAAACAUUAACGUAUGGCACGACUUGUGCGCCGUUUUUAGCAGUUCGCGUUUUGCAUCAGUUAGCAAUAGAAGCAGAGCUCAGUAAUCCAUUGGGCAGUCAUAUUAUAAUGAGAGACUUUUAUAUGGACGAUUUGGUCACUGGUAGCGACAGUGUGGACGAAGUUGUCGAAAUCAAAAGACAAGUAUCUGGUAUAUUAGCUUCAGGCGGGUUUCAUUUAACUAAAUGGGCAUCAAAUGUUAGGGAAGUAGUCCAAUCUGAUGUAAUUAAACCAUUCGACACAUCUAAAGUCGAAUUCGAAAAAACAGAUUAUGUAAAGGUUUUAGGUUUUUAUUGGAGUUGCGUUGGUGACCUACUUAAGUACCAAAUAAAUCUCCCGCCAAUUAACUGUCCUCAAGCUGUUACAAAACGCUACAUAUUAUCUACGAUCGCAAAAAUCUUUGACCCUCUUGGUCUGAUAAAUCCAGUUAUCGUUAAGGCAAAAAUCCUCUUGCAAAAUCUUUGGUGCCAUAAAUUGGAUUGGGAUGAACCCGUACCAGUUGAAAUUCGCGACACUUUUACCAAAUUUAUUAAAGCUCUUCAGGAAUUGUCCAAUUUCGAAAUCCCGCGAAAAGUAUUGUCAAUAAGGGCAAUAGCGUCAAUUGAAAUGCAUGGUUUUGCAGAUGCCUCAUCAAAGGCAUAUGGUGCCGCAAUCUAUAUCAAAUCCACAAAUCCGUUUGGAGAUGUAUCAGUGAAUUUAUUAUGUGCUAAGUCCCGUGUAAGCCCAAUUAAACCCGUUACCUUGCCACGGUUAGAAUUAAACGCCGCGGUAUUGUUAGCCCAGCUAACAUUUAAAGUUAAAAACAUUUUGAACCAAAAAAUCGACAAAACAUACCUUUGGACCGAUUCGACCAUUGUUUUAGCAUGGUUAUCCGAAUCACCUGAUAACUGGAAACCGUACAUUGCAAAUCGGGUCAAGCAGAUACAGUCCAUGAGCGCAAUAUGUGAUUGGCAUCAUGUUCGAUCGGGCGAUAAUCCUGCGGACAUUGUUUCUAGGGGUACUUCGCCGCGACAGUUGAUAAAUUCAACUCUCUGGUGGCACGGGCCACAUUGGUUGCUUGAAAAUUUAAAAGGAAAUGAGGAUGCCACAAUCAACCAGGAUUGUAUAGAUGAAGUAAGUUCAGAACGUAAAACAAACAUAUCAGUUAACAUGAUUCAGUCAGCUUCACCCGAAUUACCGAUAUUAACAAAGUUUUCUUCCCUUGCCAAGUUAAGAAGGGCAAUUGCCUACUGCUUAAGAUUCAUUAAUUUUUUGCGUAAUGGAACUCGGGCUAAUUCAAUCGAAGUAACUGCGGAAGAGUUAGAAGCAGCGUCACUCGUAAUUUUAAAAAUGGUCCAAAUGCAAGCUUUCUCGGAUGAAAUAAAAUCAUAUAAGCAAAAUAGCAAAAAACCACAUUGCAAUAAAUUAUCAAAAUUAGACCCCUUUGUUGAUGACAAUGGUUUACUGAGGGUCGGUGGCCGCCUAAAACAUGCAUUAAUCGGUUUCGAUAAUAAGUUUCCCGUUUUAUUGCCAGCAAAGCACCACAUUACAAAUUUGAUUAUAAGAGAAAUCCAUGAAAUAAAUCUGCAUUCCGGAAGUGAAGCCACACUUGCGGCUAUUCGGCAAAAAUAUUGGCCCUUAUCUGGCCGCCCUGCGGUUAGAAAGAUUAUCCAUUUUUGCAUUAAAUGCCGGAGGGCCAACCCAUUAGUGAUAAUUCCAAAAAUGGGUGAUCUUCCCAAAUACCGUUUGCAACCUUUGCGUCCUUUUUAUAUUUCGGGGGUCGACUAUGCCGGACCGUUUUUAAUAAGGGAAGGUAGAACACGAAAUCUAAAGAAGGUCAAAUCUUAUAUAGCCUUAUUCAUUUGUUUUUCUACUAAGGCGGUUCAUUUAGAGUUAGUAGGAGAUUUAACCACUGAAAGUUACCUUGCGGCGCUCAAAAGAUUUACUUCUCGACGUGGUCAUGUAAAGGAUCUGUUUUCAGAUAACGGCACAAAUUUUGUAGGUGCCGAGCGGGAAUUAUUCAAAUCUAAAUGUUUUCAAAAUAAAAUAUUGCAGUACUCCACAUCGGUGGGUACGAAAUUUCAUUUUAUACCAAGUAGGUCACCUCAUUUUGGGGGAUUGUGGGAGCGUGCCGUACGAAGCGUGAAGCAUCACUUGCACAGGGUGGUCGAUAAUGCAUCGUUAACUUACGAGGAGUUUUAUACUUUAUUAACCCGCAUCGAAGCUUGUCUAAACUCCCGCCCCCUGACACCUUUAUCCCAAGAUCCAAAUGACCUCGAAGCUCUGACACCGGGACAUUUUUUGAUCGGCGAGCCCUUAACAACACCAGUGGAACGGGACCUAAAGGAGAUCCCUGUAAAUCGUUUAUCUCGAUGGCAACGCGUGCAGCAAUUGCAGCAACAUUUUUGGAGCAGAUGGACCAAGGAGUACUUGGCCCAACUUCAAUUCCGUCCCAAGGGUCACCAAAUGACGCAACCCAACGUCGACGUCGGAACUUUGGUAGUUCUAGUGGAGGAUGGACUGCCCCCGCUACGGUGGAGGUUAGGACGAGUCGUCGAAGUUCACCCAGGUCACGACGGAAUUGUGCGGGUUGUGUCCGUAAAAACUAGUACGGGAGUGGUGAAACGCGCUGUGACAAAAGUGCGCAUUAUCCCUAGCGAAUGA